UGUCUGUUUUCCUAACAUUCUCACCCUUUAAUUCAUUCCUUCGAUACAAACCACACUCCCUUAUGAGAGGAGACAUCUCUUCAUUCUCUUAUAUCUCUGUCUAUCAGAAACCUGCUAUUCUUUUCAAGCCUUCUGGGAACCCAAAAUCAACAUUCAUUUCUAAUCAAAAUCUUCGGAAAUCAGGUUAUCUGCUUUUGGUAAUAGCUGUUUGCACGAGCUUAAGCGUCUUCUUGCUAGGCUUCUCUCCCCCUGUGCCUUGCACAUUUGAUCAUCAGCGGCUACAGACAGAGACAGGCAGAGAAUUCAACAAUGUCGAACUUUCGAGCUCUCUUCAUAACGUCUCCUACUCACAAGAGUUCUGGAAGCAGCCAGACGAUUUGGGUUUCCGUCCAUGUUUGAAUUUCAGCGAUGGGUAUCGCAGGGCGUCAAAUGGUGGCACAGAGAAGAGGAGGACAUUCUUGAUGGUCGUAGUUUCUGGAGGGCUGAAUCAACAACGGAACCAAAUCAUCGACGCCGUUGUCAUAGCUAGGAUUCUCAAUACCUCCUUAGUCCUUCCGGUACUACAAGUCAAUCGAGUGUGGGGAGAUGAAAGUGAAUUCUCCGAUAUCUUUGAUGAUCAACACUUCAAACAGACGCUCAAGGACGAUGUACAUAUCGUUUCAACAUUGCCACCGACCACCACAUACAUCGGAAGAACAAGAAGAAGAAGAAGAAGAUCAAUCAGCUCAUCCAUCAAGCAGUUACACGUAAACGAAGACUGGAUACGGAAACAAUUCAUGGGGCGCCUUAACAAACAUGGAGCGUUAAUUCUUAGUGGUUUAGACUCAAAGCUUUCCAAGGAUCUCGGCCCUGAUUUACAGAAGCUGCGUUGCAAGGUUGCUUUUCAUGCGCUGAAGUUUAGGGCAUGGAUAGAGGAGAUAGGAGAGAAGCUAGCAAAGAGAAUGGGAGAGGGAGGUCCAUACAUGGCGUUGCACCUUCGGCUGGAGAAGGAUGUUUGGUUAAGGACGGGCUGCCUUCCUGGGUUGGGUGAGGAGGUAGACCGUUUGGUCCAGUCGGAUCGGUUAGCUCAUCCAGAGUUGCUUACAAGCCGAAUAAAUAUGACAGCCAGAGAUCGAUAUGUCGCUGGACUUUGCCCCUUAAAUGCCAUUGAGGUCACUAGGCUGCUGAAGGCCCUUGGAGCUUCGAAUGGUACAAGGAUAUACAUGGCUGGAGGUGAGGCAUUAGGUGGAGAUAAGGCUCUGGAACCACUUAGAUCGCAGUUCCCUCAUUUGUACAACAAAUGGGUCUUAGCAGCAGCAGAAGGAGAGCUUGACCUCGUUAAGCUUAAGCAUCGACCCUCUGUUCUAGCGGCCAUCGAUUAUGUCGUUUGUCUCAACAGCCAAGUCUUCAUGGCUAAUCAUGGUGGAAACAUGGCACGGGCGUUGCAGGGUCACCGGGCCUAUCUGGGACACAUGAAACACAUUACACCUAAUAAGAAGAAACUGGUUCAGUUAUUGAUGAAUAAGAACUUGACGGAGACGGAAAUGGUAGAAAGAAUAAAGGAGAUACAUGUAUUAAGUUUGUGGGGCUCACCGUCGGCAGGGACUAAAACAUCCGGCAGGGAUGUAAUCGCGUACCCCAUUUCGCAUUGCAUGUGUACGGGCCCAGAACCAUCGCUUUUCACUCGCUCACUUCAGUGAGCCCACUGCCAUCCAGAAGAGGGAGGCCGAAAAACAUCCUCUCACCUCAGUGCUUGAUCUUUGUUUCUCUCAUUUUUCAAAUUA